AUGAGAAGAUACUUCGUAGGUGGUAAUUGGAAAUGCAACAACACCAUUGCUCAAACUUAAAGUUUGAUCAAUACAGUCAUCAACAAACUCGUCUUUGAUGUUAAUAAAGUUGAGGUCGCUGUUGCUCCAAUCUUCUUACAUGUUCCUUGGGUCUAAGCCAACAUUCAAAAGAAUGUUUAAGUGGCUCUCCAAAACUCAUCCCUAACUAAGGUGGGUGCUUACACUGGAGAAAUCAGUGUUGAGCAAGUCAAAGAUCUUGCAAUCCCCUGGGUUAUAUUGGGUCACUCUGAAAGAAGAUAAUACUACGGAGAAACCAAUGAAAUUGUUGGAAAGAAGACCAGAAUAGCUUUGGAUUACCAACUAAGCGUCAUGGCAUGUGUUGGUGAAAAAUUAGCCGAAAGAGAGGCUGGUUAAACUACCCAAGUGAUCUAAGCAUAAUUGGAUGCAAUCAAAAAGGAAUUGACAACAGCCCUAUGGAGCAAAGUUGUUGUUGCCUAUGAACCAGUUUGGGCAAUUGGAACAGGAAGAACAGCAACCCCAGAAUAAGCUUAAGAAGUUCACGCAUUUAUCAGAGGAUGGCUCAAAUCUUAAAUUGGAACAUAAGCAGAAUAAGCCACCAGAAUUAUUUAUGGAGGAUCAGUCACAGAAAAGAAUGCUGCCGAUUUAAUUAAAUAACCAGAUCUUGAUGGAUUUUUAGUCGGAGGUGCUGCCUUAAAGCCAGGCUUUGCCGAUAUUGUAGCUGCUGCUAAUGAUGCUAGAUGAACAUAUUGACAAUAAUCCAUUCAAUAUAUACAAAACAUUCAUUCAUAUCUAUUUAAUAAA